UCAUACUUUACUAUAUUACAGCCAGUCGAACAGCAGAGCCGUGGAUGAGUAGGUGGUUGUUAAAUUGAAUUAAUUGUUAUCUAUACAAAAGUAUUCAGGAAGAUCUAAGCGUCUAAGAAAAAUUGCAAAUAACAAUCACUCUUAACAGAGCAAAAUGUUUCGCAGUUCGCUUAAUUUUGACAAAUUAUUAGAUAAAGCAACGAAUCCUUAUCAACUUGAACCUGACUGGGUAGCAGUACUUCAAAUAUGUGAUUUAAUACGUCAAGGGGAUGUGCAACCUAAAGCAGUACUUGCAGCCAUCAAAAAGAGAACAACAAAUAUAAAUCCACAUGUAGCUUUGUAUGCUCUAUUGGUUUUAGAAUCUUGUGUCAAAAAUUGUGGUACGCUUAUACAUGAUGAAAUUGGUACUAAGCAAUUCAUGGAACAACUUAAAGAAUUAGUAAAGACAACGACUUAUGAUAAUGUUAAACUUAAAGCUUUAGAAUUGAUUCAAGCCUGGGCACAUGCCUUUCGAAAUUGUCCUAAAUAUAGAGCAGUGCAAGAUACACUUAAUAUUAUGAAAGCUGAAGGAUAUAAAUUUCCCACUUUAAAAGAAAGUGAUGCUAUGUUUAUUGCUGACACUGCCCCAGCAUGGGCAGAUGGAGAUGUGUGUCAUCGUUGUCGCGUAUCAUUUAGUAUGGUACAAAGAAAACAUCACUGCAGAGCAUGUGGUCAAGUAUUUUGUAGUCAAUGUUCGAGUAAAGUAUCCACAUUGCCUAAAUUUGGAAUUGAAAAGGAAGUUAGAGUGUGCGAAGCAUGCUAUGAAAAAGUUAAUAAACCAUCCACUGCUCAAAUUAAAGAGGGAGAUUUACCUGCUGAAUAUCUCAACAGCUCUUUAGCUCAACAACAACAAGUACCUCCCAGGAAAACAGCAGCAGAACUACAAGAAGAAGAAGAACUUAAUCUUGCCAUAGCCUUAAGUCAGAGUGAAGCAGAACAUCAAGAAAAAGAAAAAAAACGGGGAAGUCGUACAACAAAAGUAAACCCAUCAAGCACACGCGUUGCGAGAGCAUCUUCUCCACCACCAUCACCUCAAGAAGAGACGGAGGUUGAUCCUGAGCUUGCAAAGUACUUGAAUCGUAAACGUUGGGAAUUAAGACAAAGUGCAUUAGAAGAACAUAGUUCUAGAGCAGAUGUUACCAGUCCUUCUGCUCCUAAUAUAAGUAGCCCAAUGCCACAAAAAGUUAUAAUUGUUAAACAACAGAACGGAGAAGUUGAUACUCAAAUGGAAGAAUUUGUUAAUGCUUUACGAUCUCAAGUUGAAAUUUUUGUUAAUAGAAUGAAAAGCAAUUCGUCAAGAGGCAGAUCAAUUGCUAAUGAUAGUUCUGUACAAACUUUGUUUUUAAAUAUUACUGCUAUGCAUUCAAGAUUAUUGAGAUAUAUUCAAGAACAAGACGAUAGUAGAGUAUACUACGAAGGUCUUCAAGAUAAAUUAACACAAAUGAAAGAUGCUAGAGCUGCCUUGGACGCUUUGCGGGAAGAACAUAGAGAAAAAUUACGAAGACAAGCGGAAGAAGCUGAGAGGCAAAGACAGAUGUUGAUGGCUCAAAAAUUGGCGAUUAUGAGGAAGAAAAAACAAGAAUAUUUACAAUACCAACGUCAACUUGCUUUACAAAAAAUCCAGGAACAAGAAAGAGAAAUGCAAAUGAGACAAGAACAACAAAAGCAACAGUAUAUAAUGGGUGGCUAUCAAGCUGUCUCUGGUUUUAUUGGACCAUCUCAAGGUUCACCUGUGCGGCACGUCCAGUAUGAAACACCAGGAACUAACUACAACCCUAUGUCACCAACAAAUCAAGGAUUUAUAUAUGGACAACCUACUAUGAAACAAUAUCCUAUGCAAAGUUACAAUAUGCCACCUCAUGUAAUGGGGCCAAUAGCUAAUCAAGACCAACAGCCAACCGAUGUUGUUCAGGGGCAUGAAGGAAUGGGCCGAAUUUCUGUUUCUGGCCCAGGAAUGAUGUCUCAAAUUACAAAUCCCAUACCGCAACUUCAGCAGGCAGGUGGACAUCAAAUGGGACCGCCAUCACAAGGUCCUCCACCAAGUCAUAUAACGCAAACGCAGCCGACACCGGUACAUUUGCCACCGCAACAGGGUGCUCCACAAAUCACACAAUCAGGACCACCAACUCAGAUGAGUAUACCUCAGGUACCUCAGAGUCAUAUGGGUCCUUCACCUGCACAAAUAGGACCUGGAGCUCAUGGCCCCCCUGGACAAGUUGUUGGUUUGCCACCACAAAUGGGACCUCAGCAACCGUCUACGAUGUCAGGUCCUCAAGGACCCUCGAUGCAGUCUCAUGUUUCAAAUACACCUAUUUCAUCUCAAGGAACAGGAACUAUCCAAGUACCUCCUGGAACUACGAUUGGAACGAUGUUAACAUCGAAUCCGCCGAUGCAAGGUCCUCAGGGAGCUAGUGUGCCAACAAUGCAAGGUAUGGCCCAGGCCCCAGUAUCUCAAGGACAACAAUUACAGUAUCAGCCACCAAAUUCUCUACCAGCUGCAUCAAAUGAAUCCACACAAGUGAAAAAAGAUGCGAAGCUGGAAACAGCAGAACUAAUUUCCUUUGAUUGAAAAAAUUAUGUGUGCAUACAAGAUAACUCAUAAUAAGAAGUGCAUUUAAGGUAAUCAUUUUGCAUACCAAUUUUGAUCUUAAAUUGACAUUGACUGUUUCAAUUUGAUGAUAAAAUUUUUUACGCUGUUUAUUGAAUUGGCAAAAAUAUAAAUUUUUGAAACUAUUAUUGAUAAUUCUAAAAAUACUGAUUUAAACUUUGCAAUUUAUCAGUGAAUAAUGAUAUUUUACAGUAUAUUAGGAAAAAAUGGUUAUAUCAUUAUUGGUAUUUAUUUUAAGUUAUAGAAAUUCUCAACAAUAUAUACACAAAUCAAAUAUAUGUCUUUCUUUGCAUAAUUUUUAAAUAUAUAUCUGAUAAAAGGUUAUAAUACUUAAAUAGCAAAGGCAUACAUUUCAUGUAUAUGUAUCUAAAUGUAAUGUAUGUACAAAAUAUUUAUAUGUUACAUAGCAUAAAAGUGAAGAAAACUAAUUUCAUCUAUACCUGACCUUUUGCUGGAUAUAUUGUAUAUGAUCUUAUUUUUUUACAAGUUUAAUUUUAAAAUAUUUUUUUCCUUGUGAAAAUCAAAAAGAAAGUAUUACGAUCCACGAAAUUUAAAAAAAUGUUACAUAUAGUAAAAUCCUUUAUUAUAUCAAUCAAACAUCUUUUAUCUUCGUUCAAUAUUGCAUUUACAUUCUUAUUUUUUCUCUUUUCUUUGCUAAUUUCUGAAAAAAUUUUCGUGUGACCUAUAUUUUUUUAGAAAUUUGUUUUCGCAAUCAUAUUGUCUCCACUUGACCCUUUCUACGUGGUUUCACUUCUUGCGGACAGGUGAACGAUGUCUCUUCCGAAUGUUUUCU